AUGGCCGACAUUCCCAAAACGCAGAAGGCCGUUAUCUACGACCAACCAGGUACCGUCUCGACCAAGAUCGUGGAUCUUGAGGUGCCAGAGCCCGGGGCUGGUGAGGUCCUGAUUAAUCUAACACACUCGGGCGUGUGUCACUCCGACCUCGGUAUCAUGACCAACACUUGGAGUCUGCUCCCAUACCCCACCCAACCAGGCCAAGUAGGUGGCCACGAGGGUGUCGGUAGAAUAGUCAAGCUCGGUGCAGGCACUGAGGCUUCAAAUCUGAAAAUCGGCGACAGAGUCGGUGUCAAGUGGGUGUCCAGCGUGUGCGGGCAUUGUCAGCCCUGUCGAGCCGGUGUUGACGGCAUUUGUUCCAACCAGAAAGUGUCUGGCUACUACACCCCCGGGACUUUCCAGCAGUACACCCUUGGCCCCGCAAAUUACGUCACGCCAAUCCCGGAAGGUCUCGAUUCCGCCGAAGCAGCUCCGCUACUCUGUGCUGGAGUCACGGUCUACUCGGCCCUCAAGCGUAGUCAAGCCCGUCCAGGCCAGUGGGUGGUUAUCUCCGGCGCGGGCGGCGGGCUCGGUCACAUUGCCGUGCAGCUAGCGAGUCGUGGCAUGGGCCUUCGAGUCAUCGGAAUCGACCACGGCAGCAAAGAACAACUAGUGAAAGACUCCGGUGCCGAACACUUCAUCGACAUCACACAGUUCCCGAAGGAUGACCAGGGUGCAGCAUUGACAAAGCAGGUGCAAUCGUUGACAGGUGGGUUGGGCGCACACGCAGCGGUUGUCUGCACUGCUGCGAAUGCGGCGUAUGCGCAGGCGCUACCGCUGCUACGAUUCCAGGGCACGUUGGUUUGUGUUGGAAUCCCGGAGAACGAGCCUCAAGCUAUUGCGACGGCUCAUCCGUUCGCUAUGAUUAACAAACAGAUCACUAUCACGGGAUCGGCGGUGGGUAGUCGGACUGAGGCUAUUGAGACGAUGGAGUUUGCUGCGAGGGGUAUCAUCAAGGCGCAUUACCGGGUUGAGAAAAUGGAUGCUCUGACCGAAGUGUUCAAAGAGAUGUAUGAGGGCAGGGUCCAGGGUCGGGUUGUUUUGGAUCUCUCUGGUUAG